AUGGAGGGGAGAAAGCAGCCUACUUUUGCUCUGGCCAUCAUGCUUCUUCUAAUGGUAUUAUGGUCGAUGAGUUCUCCCGCCGUGGCAUGCCCGCUGAAAGGCGACGGCAAUGGAUGCAAGGACUGCGUCGUUCAGCAAAUGAGCUACGGUUGUCCGUCGUGUGUGCCGCUUAUCCGUUGCAUGACGCGGUGCUUGUGGGGUGGCGCUGCCAGGUCGGACUGUAUGAACCGCUGUGAUUGUAACGAUGGGAAGCCAACUCUUUCUGACUGCAAGAAAUGCAUGUCGCGGUGCAAAUGCAGUUGUGUGGCGUGA